AUGUCGGGUUGGUCAAAGGUGCGGUUUCAAAUAACUCUUACUUCUGACCCAAACUUGCCGUUCAAGAUGUAUGUCCUCGAUGUGCCUGACUCGACGCCAUUUACUGCAGUGCUAAAAUUUGUCGCUGAAGAGUUCAAAGUGCCGCCGGCAACCAGCGCCAUAAUCACUGAUGACGGAAUAGGAAUCAACCCCAAUCAAAAUGCCGGUGAAGUUUUCUUGAAGCACGGUGGUAAUCUGAGGCUUAUUCCUCGAGACCGCGUGGGACACUCGUAG